AUGUCGAUGUUCGAGUACAAAAAGACCAUUCCAUCACUUUGGGGCCAUUUCAAAUCAUUUAUCAGCCGUUAUAAUCAAACCGAGACGCCCUACGGUGAGUUGAUUGACUUCGUCCAGAACGAUAACGCGGCCAAAACGUACAAUUUAUGUCAUUUUUGGUCCAACUUCGAAAUUGCCGAUUUGUCCAUUUUCAAUAACCCUGAAUACGAGGCAUUUUUCAAAUAUUUGGACUCUACAGGUGGCUUCUUCUAUGAGAGAUGGGGUGAUGCUCCAGUUCAUUCAUUGGCGAUUCUGUGGUUUUUGUCUAAACGCGAUUUAUGGUGGUUUGGUGAUAUUGGCUACUAUCAUGCACCAUAUUUACAAUGUCCUCAACCAUUACAAACGAGACUCGAAAAUAGAUGCAGCUGUGAUCCAGAUGAAGACUUUCUGUUUAGUUUCAUAAGCUGCACGCCUCAUAUACUAAAUUUAUUAAACUCCCAUUAA